CACGACUGGACGUUCCAUUCCUUGCAGACUGUCGUGGACAUUCUUUGGUAGGCUAUCUUGGUGCUGUGUGUACCUAAAUUAGGCUACAUAUACGUACUGCAAGCCAGAUGUAGUAGCCAGCCAUGCAUCAGGAUCACAAUAUACCUGUGUCUGCAAAUGAGUCACAAUCUGUUGACCAUCCUUGACUCGGCACAUCAAAAACGGUGGGAUGGAUUAUGAUGGGGCUCUUGAGAAUGAGCGCCAAAUAUUGCUGCAAGAGCAGAGGGCCUGCAGAGCCCGUGUACAUAAAUUCUCUUCCGAGACCAGCCGACGCAGAAAAGCUCUGGAGGACCGCAGGAGACAGUGGGAUGUCCAGGAGCAGAGGAUCAGGGAGAACAUCCUGCAGCUGCGCAAGCAGAGGAUGCAGGAAGCUACCGAGCGCUUCCAGAGGGCACACAUACGCCCUUCUCAGAGGAGGAGGCCAGCAUUUGUGAGAAAGGCAAUAAAUAUGGAUGAAGCACUCAGUCUUAUAAAUGCCCGUGGAACUUAUGCAAAACCUUCUGCCUUACGUAGCAACACCUCCAUGGGCAGAAGUUUUACUCCUCCCCCAAGGCCUCACACAUAUUCCAAUUCUGCUGGACAUCAGAGGGAGCCGUUGGCUAUAGAAGCCAACACUAAGCAGGAAGAGAGACAGAGAAACCACAUAACCAGUCAGCAAUUCUUUCUGAAUGACUUACAUGAGGCCCAGGCCACUCAUCCUUGGGAAGAACAUGCCGAUCUGCCAAGUCCAACUGAGAGCCUAUGCAGUCAGGACAGUCUGGAGAUAGAGGAACUUAAACACAGGCAGCCCUCGAAGUAUAGAGGAUGUUUUCAAUCUUCACCAAUAACCUCAGAAAAAGACAGCCCACAGUUACCAGAGUCGUACUCCAACGGACUAUGCCCAUCAUCGGUUACUGUCCCUUACCAAGCAAAAAUACGCAAUCCUGAGUUUGAUCUUCCACCUUCAACAAAAGUUGACUAUUAUGAGGGGCAUCCUCUCUUGAGAGAUGAGUUUGCUGAAGAGUUUGAGAAUCUCCAUCGCCUCACAUCAGCCAUAGCGCACCACAACCUUAAAGACCCAUCCCAGGACACCCAGGAACAGGAUGUAUUUGGCCGCCAUAGUCUGUGUGCUCAGAUGAGAAUGGAGAAUAAUUCAGCUUCGGCUGCACAUCAUAAUUGUAAUAGAGCUAUCACAACUGCUGAGCUACACAAAGAAGCUGUUGUUAGCAAUCAUCACGGCAAAACGUCAGCCUGUCCAGGCUCUCAAUGCCCAGAGCUUACAUGUUGGGAACAGGAGUGCAGAACACUCUCAGAGCAGCUGAAAACUGAGGAAGACCCGUCCGAGAAUCGGUUCGCCACACAGGUUGAAGAGACGUCUUCGAACAUCUGUAAACAAAGAGAUGCCUUCCACAAAAAUGCUAUUUCUGUCACAGAUGCAAUCUCUCACAGAGUGUCAGGACCAGACAGCCAAACAAAUGAAGUUGUAAACUCACAUCAGUCAAAUAAGCCACAGUCACAAGCAGAUACCGUGCACAGAGAAGAAACAAACGCAAGACCCUCCCGAACUGUGACUGUCUAUCCUUUGUCUGUGGCCACUGACGUCAGAAUUAUGAAAAGCAUCCUUAAAAAACGAUCAAAAUAUGCGGCCGAAGAAACCAAAUAUCUGUACAACUCUGGCCAUUUGAUCAUCACAAAGCACAUGGCCUUGUCUCUCAGAGACAGUCUGGAGUUGAUGAGAGGGAAAACGAAAGAGCCAGAAAACGGCAAAACGGCAAAGAAGAAACUGCGUUGGUUUGAUGAAGUCAAUGCUGAAAACCAUGAUACAACUGUCAAUUACACUAUCGAGUCAACAGCAACUAAAAGUAGACUACAAGUGGGCUACCAGCAGGGGUUGAACCAAUCAACUGGUAUUCACACUGAGGCAGUGAACACCAUUCCCACUGUCUCGUCUGGCCCUCAGUGUACGUUUGCCAGACAGGCAUGGACAGAUGUUGCCGUACAGGACAGCAAACCACAGGAGCACUCCCCUCAAGAGGGGCUGAAGACAGAGAGAGCUUAUGUGUGUUUGGGUGUCCCCAAAGUUCCCAGGAGAGCACGUUCGGCACGGGGCGGAACUGGACACGCCUCCUCCCGUGUCAGGAAGGACACUACCUUGAGACCCCAGUCCGCCACUGAGGCCAGCCUUAUGAUCAAGCAACAAAGGAAGAUGAUGGUGCCUUGCCCGCCUCCUAGGCCUGAGGUGUCUGACAGAAGGACGCCAGCCAGCUCCUCAAAGGCUGCGUACGCUGAUGACCACAAGCAUAGCAGGUCUGUCCUUCCUGUGGACAAGACUCUCUACAGGCCAAACCCAGAUGGCCAUGCUGGGCCUCCGCCUGAUGAAGGUGUUACGUUUGCUCCAUGCCCUCCUCCGUAUGGUUGCUCCUCGUCUGAGACUUUGGCAAAGGGCAGAGUUUCCUUCAGCCAACACGGCCACCAUGCCAAUGCCAGGAGGUGUGGGGCAGCUUGUGGAGAAAAUGGCAUUUGUCUGAACCGCACACCUACAGAUGAUGAAAUAUCACAGCUUUGGAGUGGGGUGAGAAGUGCCUUGUCCACCAAAGACGAUUGUGCCAGCCUGGCCCAGCUCAACGAUGAUUGUAUGAGUGGAGAUGUCCGAUCACUUGCAGGAAUGGGCUGCUGUCAUCCUUCCCCCUUCAAUGGCAGGCGCCCAGUCAGAAGAGCUGUGCCAGAGGGUAAUGGAAGCAAAAAGCAGAUGUUGGUACAACACACACUCCAGAUCCCUGGCUCAGGGAAUAAAAAGCUCUGCUUACCCAACCAGGGAAAUCUGAUGACGAUACCUUUGCCAAGUAAAGUUCAAGAUCAAGGGCCAAGCCAGAGGAUGGGGCCACCUCAGUAUGCUCCUAUCCUGAGUCUCAGCGGCUUGUCCUUGGAGGAGCAGAGAGUCCAGCAGUCUCUGGACAGGCUCAACCAACGGCUUCAGUAUGUGGUCGGAGUCAACCCGUCAGUUAAAAGACUUUUUCACACCGAAGCCACGCAUCAAAACGUAUCUGUAAAGCAUGGAGAGAGAACGAGCUCUGGUCAGAGAAGGCUCAGUACAGCAUCCAAUGCCCAUUGAUACCCAGCGAACAAAGGCCACUGAUACUGGGAUUCGGCAGUCCUUAUAACGGUGCAGGCCUCAAGCACUUUAUACUGUAUGUAUGUUUGUGUGUGUUUUGCAUGAUAAUUCAACAGAUUAUUUUACAUAUAUUUAAAUUAUUUAUUUUUUAGAAAUAACAACACAUUCAUUUUGAAAUUUGUUUCAUGUAUUGUGAAGACGUUCAGUGGCAAUUUUUGUUGCAAUUUUCAAUGAGUACAAUGAAGUUAUAUUUUUUAUACUGUUAUUUAAUAUAUCAUAAUUAAAAACAUCUGAACAGUACAGCUA